CGUGUAAGCUACUCACAUGUUUCACCUCGCUGUACUAACGUCUAGUAAAGUAAACCGAACCUGGAAGGAGGGAAUAGGAGUCAACGGACGAUACCCAGCGUCGAGAACAGACGCUUACAACAGCUCAACGAACGGGAAUACAAUUUUCAAGCCUUAAUUACGUUAUUUUUCGACUUCUGUUCAUACAACCAGCUACACUGAAGAUUAAAGCUAAAUUACCUAGGCACAUCAAACCGUUGCACAAGGAAUGCAUUCACUGGGCAGCUCUUCCAAAUGGCCUUCCUAUGAUUCGCUCCCGUCCACAUCCAGCUUCCUCCUCAGCGAGAGCGACCUGACGGAGGACGAGGCAGAUGUCUUCUCCUCUGAGGGUGAGGGUGAGAGCGUUGGGAGCAAGGCCUCAGUCGGAGAGGGAGAGGGAGUACACCGGCUACGGCUGGCAUUUGUCGACCAGGACCGCUUCAGAGCAGAGAAUGGCCAAGCAGAAUGCCGUCCCCACAAGGCCACAUUCCCUCCCCAGGAGAGCCCGGCAAGGAACACAAUGCUAGGCAAAGGGGCCACCUCUCAAGGAGACCUGGCCUUCACUAAGAAAUGUACAGAACUGCAGCAUUACAUCAGACCACUACUAGAGCUGCUUAAUGGGCUGAAAACUGGGAGGUUUGAGAGAGGUCUAAGCAGUUUCCAGCAGAGCGUUGCCAUGGACAGACUUCAGAGGAUUCUGGGAAUUCUGCAGAAACCUGACAUGGGUGAGAAGUACCUCCGCACCCUGCUGCAGGUGGAGAUGAUGCUGAAGGUUUGGUUCCCUCAGGUGAUCAGAGAGCCACAGGUUCAUUCAACACAGAACCUAAGAUCCAGCCUUCCUCCACGCUGGCACCAGAACCAGCUACACAUCCCAGUCAAAAAGCGUAAGCUGAGCUGGUUGGACUCUGACUUCACCAGCGAGGCCCCACCCCACUGCAAGCGCCUACAGCCCAGUGAUCCCCACCUGCCAGCGCCCCUGAGAGAGCCAGCCACCUAUGCCAGUCAGCCCAGAGACCCCAGAAAACCCAGCGAGCCUCGGGUAGCUGAAAUCGGAAAGGAGUGCGGAGGUCGGACUUUGGAACACGAUUUGUGCGAAGCGCGCAGGCUUUCGCACCCGUGCAGGAGGAGAGAGAAGGGGGGUGGGAAGCUCGUGAUCUCCCCUCCUACUCCGUGUGGCAGCCCGGCAACACAAGACAGCUGCGUCUCCUCCACCAUCGCUGUGGCUGACUCACCGCAGAUCCCCCUACCUGUAGGGCAGCUGCCGAGGUGCUGUAGCGCCCCUGGCACAGCUCAGGCGGAGGGCAGGCCAGCAGCGAUGACGUCACAGGAAGUUCGGGGGCGGAGCCAGUCUCGCUCGGCUUCGCUGAAGCCUUUGAACCAGGAAGAGGAGGGUUUCAGUUCAUCCGUCUGCACGUAGUCUUCGUCCAACCCUACCACGCUGAAUCCCAUUGCACUACUUGAUCAUCUUUAAUGUAUAUGACCUGUGACAGAGUUACUUUUUUAUUCUUGUGUGAGAACUAUUUUCUUACAAUUGAUGUGAUAAAACAGUGUUUUCCAUUUUGAAUAUUUGUUUUAUUUUACAUUGCAACAUAAUAUACAUGCAGUCUCAUGCUAUGUACUAUACAGUAAAGUACUAGUAAAUAACUCAUAGUAAAUAACUAAAAUUAACUAUGGAAUCCCAUGGCAAAAUUGGGGUAAUGCAUGGGAUCAUAGGCCAUAUAAUUAAAACGCAAAUAAUGCCAUACUUCUGGCACUUAUACAGCCAAAAAGUGCCAAGCAGAACCAUUGCUUUUAAUGCUCACAAAGUAUUAAGUGUAGCACUGAUCUAAAUCAGUUUACAAUAUACAACUAUCAAACAUCAACCAUAGGUUGUAUUUAUUAAAGAAGUCUGUUGCUCAGAGUCAGUUUCUGAGUGUGAGAGCCCUUUGAAUACCUGCAGUUGUGGUAUUUGGUGACUUGAGGUAUUUAUUGGGUUUAAUUUACAGUCUUAACUUUUAACUACGUGUAACAGUUUUUUUUGGG